AUGGCAGAGAAGACUCUGGAGGCCGUGGUCUGUGGACUACGACCUGGAGCUGUGGCCAUGGCCGUGGCGCUGGAAGAUGGGGCGGAGCCCCCUGUGCUGACCACGCACCUGAAGAAGGUGGAGAACCACAUCACCGAAGCCCAGCGUUUCUCCCACCUACCCAAGCGCUCAGCGGUGGACAUUGAGUUCGUGGAGCUGUCCUAUUCCGUGAGGGAGGGGCCCUGCUGGCGCAAACGGGGCUAUAAGACCCUCCUUAAGUGCCUAUCAGGUAAAUUCUGCUGCCGGGAGAUGAUUGGCAUCAUGGGCCCCUCAGGGUCUGGCAAGUCCACGCUCAUGAACCUCUUGGCAGGAUACAGGGGGUCUGGAAUGAAGGGGCAGAUCCUGGUCAAUGGGAAGCCGCGGGAACUGAGGACCUUCCGCAAGAUGUCCUGUUACAUCAUGCAGGAAGACAUCCUGCUGCCGCACCUCACAGUGCUGGAAGCCAUGAUGGUCUCUGCUAACCUGAAACUGAAUGAGAAGCAGGAGGUGAAGAAGGAGCUGGUGACAGAGAUCCUGACGGCGCUCGGCCUGCUGUCCUGCUCCCACACGAGAACAGCCCUGCUCUCCGGCGGGCAGAAGAAGCGCCUGGCCAUUGCCCUGGAGCUGGUCAACAACCCACCUGUCAUGUUCUUUGACGAGCCCACCAGUGGCCUGGACAGUGCUUCCUCUUUCCAAGUGGCGUCCCUCAUGAAGUCCCUGGCCCAGGGGGGCCGAACCAUCAUCUGCACCAUCCACCAGCCCAGUGCUAGGCUCUUUGAGAUGUUUGACAAGCUCUACAUCCUGAGCCAGGGUCAGUGCAUCUUCAAGGGCAUGGUCACCAACCUGAUCCCCUAUCUGAAGGGGCUCGGUUUGCACUGCCCCACCUACCACAACCCGGCUGACUUCAUCAUCGAGGUGGCCUCUGGCGAGUAUGGAGACCUGAACCCCCUGCUGUUCAGGGCUGUGCAGAAUGGGCUCUGUGCCAUGGCAGAGAAGAACAGCGGCCCUGAGAAGAAUGAGGUGCCCACCCUCUGUCCCCCUUGCCCUCUGGAAGUGGAUGCCAUUGAAAGCCACACCUUUGCCACCAGCACUCUCACGCAGUUCUGCAUCCUCUUCAAAAGGAACUUCCUGUCCAUCCUCAGGGACAUGGUCCUGACCCACCUGCGGCUCAUAUCCCAUGUGGUGAUUGGCGUGCUUAUUGGUCUCCUCUACCUGCAAACUGGCAACGAUGCCAACAAGGUCUUAAACAACACCGGCUGCCUCUUCUUCUCCAUUCUUUUCCUCAUGUUUGCCGCCAUGAUGCCAACUGUGCUCACCUUCCCCUUAGAGAUGGCAGUCUUCCUGAGGGAGCAUCUCAACUACUGGUACAGCCUCAAAAUGUAUUUCCUGGCCAAGACCAUGGCUGAUGUGCCCUUCCAAGUGAUAUGCCCAGCUGUGUACUGCAGUAUCGUGUACUGGAUGACAAGCCAGCCGGCUGAGACCAGCCGCUUCCUGCUCUUCUUAGCCUUGGGUGCCUCCAUGGCCUUGGUGGCCCAGUCUUUGGGGAUGCUGAUUGGAGGUGCCUCCAGCUCCCUACAGGUGGCCACCUUUAUGGGUCCUGUCACCGCUGUCCCCGUCCUCUUGUUCUCCGGUUUUUUCGUCAGCUUCAAAACCAUCCCCAGUUACCUGCAGUGGAGCUCCUACCUGUCCUAUGUCAGGUAUGGCUUCGAGGGUGUGUUACUGAGCAUAUAUGGCAUGGGGCGAGAAGACCUGAGCUGCCUGACGGAACACUGCCCUUUCCAGAAGCCAGAGAACAUUCUCCGAGCCAUGGACGUUGAAGAUGGCAAGCUCUACAUGGACUUCCUGGCCUUGGGCAUCUUCUUCCUGUUCCUGCGGCUGCUGGCGUACCUUGUGCUCCGCUACCGAAUCAAGUCUGAGAGAUAG